ACCCUUUUUCCCCUCAAUAAACCUCCUUCCCUCAGAGUGCUGCAUUUGGGUCCUCUCUGUCCACACACCACGCAAUCCCAUAACACACUCACUACUCUUCUUAGCCCAAAGGUUAAGUUUGACUGGUCUUUCUCCUGUCAAGAGGCCUUUGAGUCUGUCAAGUCUUUGUUACGUUCUUCCCCUGUUCUAGCAGCCCCACAGUUGGACCAACUGUUCUCCCUGUAUGUGGAUGCAUGUAAGGUGGGAGCUGGUGCUGUACUCAUACAGGCUAAUGAAAAUGGUGUUGACUGCCCGCCAUCUUGUUGGCUGAUAAAACAGUGACCUUGCAUGCUUGCUGCCUGUGAAAGGACAAAAUGAAGAUAGACGAUACUUUGGAGAAGAGGAGAACCCGGGGAGUCUCCUUUGCAGAAGAUAGUUUCCGACGGGGGACUGGAUCUGUGGCCUCCAGUCUAGAACAUACUGAUUUGGACAACAGCAAAAUGGCCAGCCCUUCCCCAUUAAAAAAAUACCACCACAGCCUUCAGACUCUCAAACUUUUCCGCUGCUCCUCAUCACAAUCACAGUCCCACCCUCUGGACAAUGCAGGUUUCCUGUCCUUUACAACCUUUGCCUGGAUGACCCCCAUAAUGUGGGCCAUUUUCAGGAACAAGCUGGACAUGAGCUGUCUCAACCUGUCUCCUUUGGAUGUAGCCGACACCAGCGGAGAAAGGCUCCACAGACUCUGGGAAGAAGAAGUGUCAAAGGUGGGCCCGGAAAAGGCCUCUUUGGUUCGAGUGAUCCUUCGCUUUCAAAGAACCAGGCUGAUUAUUUCGGUCCUUAUUGGCAUCUUUGCUAUGGUGGCAGUGUUUCUGGGCCCGGCUAUUCUGGUCUAUGAGAUCCUGAAGUAUACUGAAAACCCGGGGAUGUCCACGGUGUUCCAUGGUGUUGGUCUGGCCUUUGCUUUGUUCACCUCAGAGUUCUUCAAGGCCUUCCUAAUGUCUUUGUUGUGGGCGAUAAGCCUGCGCACUGCAGUCAGAUUGAAGGGGGCCUUCUCUGUAGUGGCCUUUCAGAAAGUCGUCUCUCUGCGGGUGCACAGUGGCAUUUCAAUAGGAGAGAUGAUUAAUGUUUUGACCAACGAUGGCCACAGGAUAUUUGAAGCAGUAUUGUUUGCGAGCUUUACACUGUCCACGCCAGUGCUCUUUAUUGUGUGUGUCAUCUACGCCUGCUACAUUCUGGGCUACACCGCAUUGACUGGAGUCUGCAUCUACAUCGUCUUCAUCCCCAUACAGUUUUUCUUAGCCAAGCUCAUUAACAUGUUCAGAUGGAAAGCCAUACUGAUAACAGACAGCCGUGUUCGCACAGUGAAUGAGAUUCUGAACAGCAUCAAACUUAUCAAGAUGUACGCCUGGGAAGAUUCCUUUGAGGAGAAAAUCGCAGGCUUAAGGAAAAGUGAGAAGAAACAUCUGCAGAGGGUCAGUUACGUCCAGAAUGCCAAUACCAGCAUAACCAGCAUCAUCCCCACCCUCGCCACCGUUUUCACCUUCAUCGUACACACUUUGUUGGGCAUAAGUCUCAACACAGCUGAUGCCUUUACCACCAUCGCCAUCUUCAACUCCUUGAGGUUCUGCCUGGCUAUGCUACCCCUGUCUGUAAAGUCCUUGGCUGAUGCUGCUGUGUCAGUAGCACGACUGAGGAAAAUAUUGCUGCUGCAGAAUCCAGAGUCCUACCUGAUGCAGAGGAAAGACAGUGACUCGGCCAUAGUGAUGAAAAACGCUACACUUUCCUGGACCAAACCAGAGAGACAGCCAGACAUCAUACCCAGCUCAUCCAAUGGGGUGGAGGGACACAAAGUGGACGAGAUGAGGACUGAAACCUUGCCAACACUGAGAAACAUUUCCUUCACACUGCCUAAGGGAAACCUGCUUGGUGUCUGUGGGAACGUGGGGAGUGGAAAGACAUCACUGAUCUCCAGCAUUUUGGAACAGAUGCACCUUCUGCAGGGCUCCAUCAUAGCCAAUGGGACAUUUGCCUACGUUUCCCAGCAAGCUUGGAUAUUCCAUGGAACUGUUCAAGAAAACAUCCUGAUGGGCGAAUCUUUUGACCAGGCCAAAUACAACAGAGCUCUGGAUGUCUGUAGCCUCAGAGCUGACCUGAAAAUCCUCCCAUAUGGUGAUCAAACUGAGAUUGGAGAGCGAGGGCUGAAUCUGUCAGGGGGGCAGAAGCAGAGGAUCAGCCUGGCCAGAGCCAUCUACUCCAAUAAGGACAUCUUUCUCCUUGACGAUCCGCUAUCUGCUGUUGACGCCCAUGUGGGGAAACACAUUUUUGAAGAAUGUGUUAAGAAGGAGCUCCAGGGCAAAUCUGUCAUACUGGUUACACACCAGCUCCAGUAUCUGGAGUUCUGUGAUGACAUUUUGGUUCUGGAGGAUGGCGAGCUGCUGGAGGCCGGCAACCACCAGGCCCUGAUGAAAGCCAAUGGACGCUACACUCAGCUCAUCAACAACUAUCAGAUGGAACAGUCCAAAACUCAAAAAGAGGAGGAAGGGUCAACCCAAGAUGCUGCCCAGCUGAAGGAGGUUGAGCUAAGAGACUGCACUGACAACGGGAUAGUGAACCCAGCAUUUGACAUGUCAGAUGAAAAGGACGAUGGAACGACAGAUGGCCAGAAACCUGCCGACGAUGAUCAGCUGGUCAGUCAGGAGUCCUCCACAGAAGGUUCCGUCUCCUGGAAAGUCUACCGGCAAUACUGCCAGGCAGCCGGAGGCUACAUCGUCACCUUCCUCACCAUCCUGAACAUCGUCCUGAUGAUUGGAUCCACAGCCUUCAGUAACUGGUGGCUCAGUUACUGGCUGGGGAAAGGCAAUGGGACUUUAGCCCAGGGAAACAUCUCAGAAAACCCCAAACUGCACUUCUACCAGCUUAUUUAUGGCGUGAUGGUGGUUGUCAUGCUGAUACUUGCCGUCAUCAAAUGCUUCGUCUACACUCGGGUCACCUUGAAUGCUGCCUGCAAACUCCACGACACCAUGUUCAAGAACAUUAUCGCCAGUCCCACGAGUUUCUUUGACACGACGCCAACAGGCCGCAUUCUCAACCGCUUCUCCAAAGAUCAAGAGGAGGUGGACACAGUGCUCCCCCUGCACAUGGACCCUUUCCUGCAGUUUUGUCUGCUGGUCACCUUCACCAUUAUCAUCAUAUCGUCUGUCUUCCCCCUCCUGCUGAUAGCUGUGGUUGUUAUUGGAGCUUUGUUCACCCUCAUUCUCUUCAUGUUCCAGAGGAGUAUCCGUCAGAUGAAGAAGAUGGAGAACAUCAGUCGCUCUCCCUGCAUCUCUCUUACCACCUCUACCCUGCAGGGCCUCAGCACCAUCCAUGCCUACAACAUUAGAGACAGACACAUAAAACUAUUCAAGUCACUGAAUGACAUCAAUUCCAACCACUUCUUACUGUUUUUCUGUGGGACACGUUGGCUCUCCUUCUGGCUGGACUUCAUGGCCUCGACCAUGACCCUUUUGGUGGCUCUGUUCGUGGUGCUCAGCGGCGAUGCAGUCAUCAGUCCGGCUUUGAAAGGCUUGGCCAUGUCCUACACCAUACAGUUGACAGGCAUGCUUCAAUACGUAGUGAGGGAGGCGACGGAGGUGGAGGCAAGGUUCAACUCAGUGGAACGGCUGCAGGAGUACAUCACGGGUUGUAAGUCUGAGGCCCCCAGACAUAUAAAGGAUGCUCACGUCCCAGAGGACUGGCCAAAGAGUGGAACCAUCACCUUCCAGGACUACAAGAUGAGAUACAGAGAGAAUACACCGGUUGUCCUGAAUGGGCUCAAUUUCACCAUCCGAGCUGGAGAGAAGCUGGGCAUUGUGGGAAGGACAGGCUCUGGGAAGUCCUCUUUAGGCGUGGCUCUGUUCAGACUGGUGGAGCCGGCAGCAGGAACCAUUCUGAUAGAUGGAGUGGAUAUUAUGGCCAUUGGUCUGCAGGAUCUGCGUAGUAAAUUGUCUAUCAUCCCUCAGGAUCCUGUGCUUUUUAUUGGCACAGUCAGGUACAACCUUGACCCCUUCAAUAACCACACCGAUGAGGAGAUCUGGGCGGCGCUGGAGAAGACCUACAUGAAGGACUCGAUCUCAAGAUUGGAGGGGAAUCUACAGGCACAGGUGCUGGAGAAUGGAGAGAACUUCUCUGUAGGAGAAAGACAACUGAUGUGUAUGGCUAGAGCACUGCUCCGCAACUCCAAGAUCAUUCUUUUGGAUGAGGCAACAGCAUCCAUCGAUGCAGAGACUGACACCUUGAUCCAGAACACCAUCAAAGAGGCCUUCCGGGACUGCACCAUGCUCACCAUCGCCCAUCGUAUCAACACUGUGAUGCACGCAGAUCGUAUUCUGGUCAUGGACAAUGGAGAGGCAGCAGAGUUAGAUCAUCCAGAUGUGCUGAAGCAAAGACCAGACUCUCUGUUCUCUUCACUCCUGGCGGCUGCUAACACUAUGAACACCUGAACCACAGAGUCCCUGUGACACCACUGCACCACAUUAUAAUAGUUACUAAUUUACACCACCAUAUUGUAAUCAGCAUUCUGUAAUCUGGACUGGUGUGCUUGUAACAGGUUAAACCGAACAGCAGAGCUGUAGUUUAAUGUUAAUGUAGAACAAGACAACAUUUGUGUUUUUCACCUUUCAAACUGUGUAAAUAGCGAUGUAUUUAUCUCUCCUCUCUGCUGAAACAAAUUCAUGGACGUUGGUCUUUCACAGUUUUUUUGUAUAGCAGUGGAUAUGAUCUGUCUAUUUAAAUUAUAUUAUUUAUUGAUUUUUUGUCUUUAUUUGCCACUUACAAACCACUACAUGUGAAGUAAUAUGCACAAUAUAUUUUGUAAUAUCUUUUGAAUUGUGUCAUAAUGAAGGAGUGUAUAGCAUAGACAAUUUAGCUUGUGUAGCAUAACUGAAUAUAUAAUAUAAUACAGGCAGUGUUGUUGCUGACACAAAGACUUGUA